UCUGUCGCAUUUGUUAAUUUGUUCGGUGGUAUAUGUUGUUCUACCAUUUUAUCUCAUUUGUUCAUCAACAGUAACUAUCGAAAUUCGUUGAAUAUGGUGUGAGACGGUUUGUUAAUCAAGAAGACUACAAAUUCAAGUCGAUUUCCUGCUGUAAAUGUCAGCUGAAGUCCUGUUGCACCACCAUCAGGCUCCAGCCCCUGUUGCAGAUGGAGGAGCUCUACACCCUAGAAAGGGAGGUGGGACGAGGCAGCUAUGGUGUGGUCUUUGAGGGCCAUAUGGCCAAAACAGGACAGAGGGUGGCUAUCAAAAGACUGCCCUGUAGAAACCCUGAGUGCAUUGAACUCUACCUGCAAGAGCUGUGGGCCAUGAGAGCCACUGCCAAGAACCAUGUAAAUGUCAUUGCACUCCACAGCUGCCUUCUGCAGACUGGGCCACGGAGCCUGAAGCCUCUAAAGCCAGGAAAACUGCCUCCACGUCUAGUUGAGAGCGUACUGAAGGGCAAUGUAGUCAGAGCACCACAAAGUCAGGGAAGGAAUAACUCCAAGCGGAAGAUCAACUCUGUCUCCACACUUCAGGACAGGACCAACACUGUGCAGGCCAAGCCUAAGCUUCAGGACAAGACUAAAUCAAAUGCAUGUGAUUAUACAACUCCACAAAGGCUUCAAAACAGAGCCAGGAAGAGACCGGCCCACAGGGAGGAAGAGGAGUCCGGACCACUGCACUGUUUGGCCCUGUGGCUUGUGAUGGAGUACUGUGAUGGGGGCGACUUGAAUCAGUACUUGCUCUCCAGGCCACCAGACUCCCAGCAUAACCACAGCGUGGUAAGGCAGCUCUGCAGCGCUGUGGCCUUCCUGCAUAGUCUGGGUAUCACCCACCGGGACCUAAAGCCCGACAAUGUGCUGGUCUGUGUGACACCAGGAGGUCCUGUUGUCAAGGUGGCAGACUUUGGUCUGAGCAAGAUGAGUGAAGGUGUGGUGGAUGGUGAUCUGACCCGGCAGCACUUCUCCUCCACCUGUGGCUCUGACUUCUACAUGGCUCCAGAGGUGUGGGGUGGACUGACGUACACAGCCCAGGCAGACAUCUUCUCCCUGGGUGUGAUGUUCUGGGCUGUUCUGGAGAGAAUCACCUUUCUGGAAGAAGGGGCUACACAGGAACAAUUGGGUGCUUACGUGUCUAAGGGUCGCUCAGGCUGGCUGAUGCCGCUGGGGGAAGCCUUGUGGGAGAAUGCUGACCUCCAGCUGUGUAUCCCUAUGAAGUUUAAGAGAGCGCCCCCGCUGCCACCCCCUCCUGGUCCAGCAAUGUGCACCCUGCUUUUAGACAUGCUCGCCUCAAACCCGGACACUCGGCCUCCAGCAGACCAGCUGGAGGCCAGAGUGUGCUCUGCUCUGAAAGAGGACUCCCACUGACAAAGUGCACUUAAGAGACCAUAAUGGCUAUAACCACCACAGCCACUACAUGGAAAUAUUGAAAGUGGACCCCCUGACUGCAGUGCUUCCUACAUGUGUAAGAAAUAACCACUUUACUGCCACAGAAAAGUGGGGAUCAGAAAUGUGUAUGAUUAUAUAGGACUGAAGGUGCUUUUCUUGUCACUGAGACAGAAGCUGAGCUGUAGGAAGCCACAUAAAGGGAUCACAGGGAUAUAAAGGAAUAUUGAAACCUGGCUGUACUGCAGACCAAACACAAUUAUAUUUAGACAAGUCCAUAUAAAGAUCGAGUGUGACGUACUCAGGCUGUAUUUGAUGUAAGUGCCAUGCUGUUGGUUAGGCCUCUGAUGCUUGACACAGAAAAAUCAAUUUUAGUGUGUACAUAUGGCUGAAAUGAAAUGUCAGGGAUUGUUGCUGUUGCUGCUUGUCUGGGUCUGCACUAUUCUGUUGACUCAUUAUCUCAACUUCCUACUGGGUGUAAAUUUUGACUGAUUAUGUUAACAUUGAUCUUUUUAUUUGUUGAGAAAUGUAGCUUUAUUAUUUAGUGAUUAUUAUCUUAACCAAAUAUUUCCACCACACGUUGAUGCAGCAUGUUCACUGGGCUUCCACAUCUCAGAUCUGUAAAGUAAGUGAUUAAACAAUAGAGACAUUUUAUGCAUUCCAGUGCAGUAGUAUGGUAAUAAUAAAUACUACCUUUGUGACACUAGUCAUAACUGUUGUUGACAUUGUGUGAGGAACUGGGGCAGAUUCAAUGCUAUGGUCAUUUUGUCGGUUGUAGUUUUUGGUGUUUUUAAAAUAAAUGUAGGCUUGGGUGGUAUCAUGGUAUUACAGUAGAGCAGGGUAUUGGUAGAAAUCCUGAAGGUUUGAUUUUAAUACAGUAAAAAUACAGAUGCUUGUCUUUAUAUUAUAUAAAGGUUGCUGGGAAACCUAUACAGCAUAGUAUCACAAUAUUUUUGUGUGGCAAUUUCACAUCGUUACAGAGACAAGUAUCGAUUUUUUUCUUACAUAAAUUAUUAUUACAAAUACAAAUUAAACUUUUGGUAGACUACUAGAAUAACAUAAUCAAUUGCUUUUUCAGUUCAUUUCAGUUCAGUUCUUUAGUGACUUUAUAUCAUCUUAGUGCUGCACACAAACACCAUCAUAUAUACAUUCCCCUGAAAUGUAAGAAGGUUUAAGGUAUGAAAAAAAGAUACCACCCAAGCCUAAUUAUGUGUUAAUAAGGUGGAGUACAGCUUUAAAAUGUGCCAUGAAUUGGUAUUUAAAACAAUGGGGUUUUUUUAAAGUUGAAGCUUUAUACGCAAAUUUAAAUGACUUGAAAAUGUUUGUUUUUUUCUAUAAGCGUUUAUUUUAAAAUGUUUUUUCCUCACAAUUUAACUGUUGUGUUUUGAAUCAGUCACAUUUUGAAUGAUGAUUUUUUUUAAAGCAUAGAGCAUUUUGAAAGUUAAGUCAAACUACUGUCUGUGACUGCGUGAACAUUGUUUUGUGAUAUCUGCACUGACAACUAAACGGGCUCGCUGUAUGAGGCUAACAGUGACUAACGAUCACGUAUAUACCAUCCCCUCAUGAACAGGAAAUUAAAGGCAGCCAUUAGGAAGGUUGCAGAUCGUAUCCAUACCGAGUCCACAGCAUUUAUUACUGGUCAUCAGUCUUAGUCAUUGACAGUCCGUAUCUUAGAUGGCUACUUAUUUCAUAAGUUUUUUGCCCACAUGCUUGAAAAAAUAUGUAACAUAACACUGUUCU